AUGAAGAAAGAAUUUGUUUUCUUGCUUGUGGCUUCACUGGCACAAAUUGUGACAGCAAAUGAUGAAUGGAUGGAAGAGUGCAAGAACCAGAGUGCAAACAUUCAAAUUCAUUCGGCUGAUGGCAACUGGAAAAACUUUUCGAGCGAUGAGACGUCUAAUAAAUAUUUUUGGAUCGAUCGAACGUUCACGUGCACUGCUGAUCCAGACCAUUUCGCGCUUGUUCGAAUCAACCACAAGAUGGAUUUUCCGUCAGACACAAAAACUAUCACUUGUGGAUCGCGGCGUAAAUGGGUGUACAAGGAUGAAGUCGUUCUCAAUGUUGGAUGCUACACAGGUCCGAUUGAAGAAUGGAGGAAAGAGUGCAACAACCAGAGUGAAAAAAUAGUCAUUCAUUCGGCUGAUGGCAAUUGGACAAACCUUUCGAGCGAUUUGACGACUCAUCAACAGUAUGAGGUCUAUCGAAAGUUCACGUGCACUGCUGAUCCAGGCCAUUUCGCGUUUGUUCAAAUAAACGACCAGAUGGAUUCACCGUCAGACACAAAAUCUAUCGGUUGUGGAAAGGAGCGUAAAUGGUUGCACAAAGGUGAAGUCGUUGUCGCUGUUGGAUGCUAUACGGGUCCACGGGAAAAUUGGAUCCAAAAGCCCGAAGAAGAGGAAAGGAUUCGAAAUUGGAUGGGCGAGCAUCACGGAGCUAAAGAGGAUCAAAAGGAUUGGACAUGGGGCAGCACCCAGUAUAAACAACAAGAGGAAAUGCAGCGAAUGGCUUCGGAAAUCCAAAAACUUUUAGUUAACACCGAUAAUAUAGUCAGGAAGCAAGUCGCCGUUCUACCGGCGGACUAUGUGAAUGCUUUUCGGGAAACACAGGCCCUCUCAGAGGACAACUACUAUAUGAGAACGGCUUUCGUUGGCUUUGGAGACGAUAACUCCGUGCUGGAAUUUACGAACUAUGUAAUAUUUGUGUUUCGUGGUGGCUUUCCGGACAGAUCAAAGCCUGAUGCAGAAGAAGGAAUCAGCCGUUACUUUCAAGAUGAUUUCAAUUCGACAGAACGACACGACGGGAUCCAAUUGCUAGCAGACCGCCAUUUCGCGUUUGUUCAAAUCAACCACAAGAUGGAUUUUCCGUCAGACACAAAAACUAUCACUUGUGGAUCGCGGCUUAAAUGGGUGUACAAGGGUGAAGUCGUUCUCAAUGUUGGAUGCUACACAGGCACACGGGCAGAUUUGAUCCAAAAGUCCGAGGAAGAGGAAAGAAUUCGAAAUUGGAUGGGCGAGCAUCACGGAGUUAAAGGGGAUCAAAAGGAUUGGACACGGGGCAGCACCCAGUAUAAACAACAAGAGAAAAUGCAAAGAAUGGCUUCGGAAAUCUAUAAACUUUUAGUGAACACGGAUGAUAUAAUCAGGAAACAAGUCGCUGUUCUACCUGUAGACUAUGUGAAUGCUGGGCUGGAACCAGAGUACUGGGCAUGGGACAACUACUACAUGAGAACGGGUUUCGUUGGCUUUGGAGAGGAUAACUCUGUGCUGGAAUUUGCGAACUAUGUGGUAUUUGUAUUUCGAGUGAUUACUUUCAAGAUGGUCUCAAUGGGA